GUUUAAUGUUUAAUGGAAAACAUCUGUUUCUCAAUGAUGUUCUGCCAUAUAAAGGAAAGGCCAAUGUCAGGACUUUUCAAUGCUUCUUCAGAAAGACAUCCCCAACUGUAAUAGUAUAUCCUGAAGAACAUAAUGGCUAACCUCUAUGUAGCUUUACUUCUUGCUGGGCUUCACACUUUUGCUUAUUGCCACCGUGUCCCUGCCCAUCAUGAAAGGGAAAAUGAGCACCAUAUUUCUGCUAAACAUGACCAUAAUGCACCUUAUCUGAAGUUAGUCCCAGGUAAUGUCGACUUUGCUUUCAAAUUCUACAGAGCAGCUGCUGAAGGGGCUGGCCGGAAUAAUAUUUUUUUUUCUCCCCUGAGCAUUUCCACUGCUUUUUCCAUGCUGUCCCUGGGAGCAAAGUCCGACACACUGAGACAGCUUUUAUCAGGACUUGGUUUUAACCAGACAGACAUCACUGAGCAUGAAAUACAUGAAGGCUUCCACCAUCUUCUCCGCAAAUUAAACAGUCCUGAUGCUGAACAUGAGCUGAACAUUGGGAAUGCCCUUUUCAUUGAUGAGAAGCUGAAACCCCUCAAGAAGUUCUUGGAUGAAACCAAACAUUUCUAUAUGUCUGAUGUUUCUCAUGUUAACUUGGAAGUUGACAGACUUGCUUACUGGAGGAACCCUUUCAAUUAUGAAGCUACUCGAGAAGGGGAUUUCUUUGUGGAUAAACACACUGCAGUGAGAGUUCCUAUGAUGAACAGAGAUGGCUUCUUCAGCAGCUACCGUGACACAGAUCUGUCCUGCCAGGUGGUGCAGCUCCCUUACAAGGGCAGUGCUUCCGCAUUGUUCAUUCUGCCCGACCCAGGGAAAAUGAAACAGGUGGAAGAUGCUCUGAACAAAGAUGUCUUGUUUAAAUGGCUGCAUUCACUGAGACGUCG